AAGGUGAAAAAAAAAAACACUGAAACGAGAGACCUUAUAUAUGUUUUUCUCUGUAGGAUUUGAUACCCUUUACUAAUUUUCGUUUCGCGAGUCGUUGUUGAAAGCAACAUUGGUUCACGAUCAGAAGAAGAUGGCACUGAAAGCACCAAUUACAGGGUUAGGCAUGGCUUCAACACCCUUUGCUCCAUUACAGGUCCCCUCUUCUAACAGGCUCGUCAUCGUCAGGGCACAACCUCUCGGAACAUGUUUCUUUGGUAAUGGAGUUCGAAAAGUCGCAGGAAUUCAAUUAGCUCAUUUCAAUAGAACCAAAUGCAAUUAUCAUGGCGGGGGUGCUCUUGGUACUCGGAUGAACCUAUUUGAUCGAUUUUCCAGAAUUAUCAAGUCAUAUGCGAAUGCAAUUGUAAGCACAUUUGAAGAUCCAGAGAAGAUCUUAGAACAGUCCGUGCUGGAAAUGAAUGAUGAUUUAACAAAGAUGCGUCAAGCUACAGCAAGAGUUCUUGCAUCACAAAAGCAGUUGGAAAACAAAUAUAAAGCUGCACAGCAAGCUUCUGAAGAUUGGUACCGAAAAGCACAACUUGCUCUUGGGAAGGGGGAGGAGGAUCUUGCCCGUGAAGCACUUAAACGGCGUAAAUCUUUUGCGGAUAAUGCAAAUGCUUUGAAGGCUCAACUUGAUCAGCAGAAGGGUAUUGUUAAUAGUCUUGUCUCCAAUACACGGCUUUUGGAAAGUAAGAUACAGGAGGCAAGGUCAAAGAAAGAUACUUUGAAAGCACGUGCACAGUCUGCAAAGACUGCAACCAAAGUGAGCGAGAUGUUGGGGAAUGUAGAUACAAGCAGUGCUCUUUCUGCUUUUGAAAAGAUGGAGGAAAAAGUUUUGGCUAUGGAGUCUCAAGCCGAGGCACUUAAUCAGCUAACAACUGACGAUCUUGACGGAAAGUUUGCACUGCUAGAGAGCUCUUCAGUUGAUGAUGAUCUUGCAAACUUGAAGAAAGAACUGUCCACGAGCAAAAAGAAAGGAGAGCUUCCUCCUGGGAGGUCCAUUAGCAGUACAAACUCUUCAUUUACAUUUCGGGACACCGAGAUUGAGAAUGAGCUGAAUGAACUAAGGAGAAAAGCGAAAGAAUUCUAGGAUAUCCAUGUUCUUGUUAAUAUGUCUUUGAUUCCCAACAUAGGCCUAAACUCCAAGAAACUGGUUUUUCUGCAACAGAUAAUUCGAUGUGCAAAGAGGCAUGUUUGAGUUUACGAAAUGAAAUUGAAGUUCAUAGAGGGAUGUUAAUGAAGGUUGUUUAUAUCCAGAAACUAGCUGGUUACUGACCCAUACUAUACAAGCAAUCUCGUACUUUAUUUCUUUACAUUUUAGGCUCUAGUCACUCUAUAUUGUUUGCCAGUAAAAGGUUUCUUCUUUGAUUCC